AUGAACCCCAACCCCCCACCCACCGUCCUCAUCACCGGCUCAGCCGGCCAUCUCGGCACAGCCCUGAUGUUCGCCCUGCCCGAUCUCGGCUACCACCCCGUCGGCAUCGACAUCAAGCCCGGGCCCACCACCACACACGUCGGGUCCAUCACCGACGCGGCCUUCCUCGCGUCCGUAUUCGCCGCCCACAGUCCCAUCGCCCAUGUCAUCCACACCGCCACGCUGCACAAGCCGCAUGUUGGAUCACACAGCAUGGGGGAGUUUGUUCAGACUAACGUGGAGGGGACGUUGCGGGUGUUGGAGCAGGCCGCGGGUCUUACGAAGCCAAACCACCCCGUCACCUCCCUAAUCUUCAUCUCCACCACCUCCGCCUUCGGCACCUCCCUCUCCCCCCCUCCCCCCCAACCCGCAGCCUGGAUCACCGAAUCGACCCCAACCACCAGCCCCAAAAACAUCUACGGCGCCACCAAAACAGCCGCCGAAGACCUCUGCCGCUUGGUACACGUCCAAACGGGCUUGCCCGUGCUGGUGCUGCGCACGAGCCGGUUUUUUCCCGAAGACGAUGACGAUGAAGCGCGGAGGGGAGAGGUGGGGGAUCCCGAGAAUUUGAAGGUGUUGGAGUUGGCGUAUCGGAGGGUAGAUGUUAGUGAUGUGGUGGGGGCGUGUGUUUGUGCGAUGGAGAGGGCUGGGGGGGUAAGGUGGGGGAAGUAUGUCGUGAGCGGGCCGACGCCCUUUACAAAGGAUGAGGGCGUGUUGGAGAGGUUGAAUGGAGGGGAUGCUGCGGCGGUGUUUAAGGGGAUUCGGGUUGGGAGUGGUGAUGGGGAGUUGACGACGGUGGGAAAGGUGUUUGAGGAAAAGGGGUGGGGUUUUUUGAGGAGAGUGGAUCGGGUGUAUGAUUCUUCGAAGGCGGUGAGGGAACUGGGCUGGCGGCCGGAGUAUACUUUUGAGAAAGCGGUGGAGAGGGUGGCUAGAGGGGAGAGAUGGGGGAGUGAAUUGGCUGUGAGAGUUGGUAGGUUGGGGUAUCACGCUGUGCCCACGGGUGUGUAUACUACGGGGGGGACUCAAAGUACAUGA